AGCUCAAGGCCCAGAUCCAGGAGUUGCUUAAUCUUGGUUUCAUUCGUCCGAGUGUUUCACCGUGGGGAGCGCCCGUCCUAUUCGUAAAGAAGAAAGAUGGAUCGAUGCGCAUGUGUAUUGACUAUCGGGAGUUGAAUGCCCUUACAGUCAAGAACAAGUAUCCCCUUCCUCGCAUUGAGGAUCUCUUCGACCAGUUAAGGGGAGCCAGCGUCUUUUCCAAGAUCGACUUGCAUUCUGGUUAUCAUCAUCUGAAGAUCCGGGAGUCGGAUAUUUCUAAGACUGCUUUUCGUACCCAUUAUGGCCACUAUGAGUUCGUAGUCAUGCCAUUCGGACUCAGCAAUGCCCCGGCCGUGUUUAUGGACCUUAUGAAUAGGGUCUUUCAUCCCUUCCUGGACCAGUUUGUUAUCGUGUUCGUUGACGACAUCUUGGUUUAUUCUCGGAGCAUCGACCAGCACAAGGAGUAUCUGAGAAUUGUGCUGGAGACUCUUCGCCGCGAGAAGCUGUAUGCUAAGUUCUCGAAGUGCGAGUUUUGGCUGGAUCGCGUGGCAUUUCUUGGCCACAUUGUGACAGCGAGAGGCAUUGAGGUGGAUCCCAGCAAGAUCGAGGCAGUGAGCAAGUGGGAUACGCCAAGAAGUGUCGCCAAUGUUCGUAGUUUCCUGUGGUUAGCAGGAUACUACCGGAGGUUUAUCGAGGGUUUCUCGAAGAUAGCCCAGCCACUAACCAACCUUACGAAGAAGGCCGUGAGGUUCGAUUGGAGUCAAAAGUGUGAGGAGAGUUUCCAGGAGUUGAAGAGGAGACUCACUACCGCGCCUGUUCUAUCUAUUCAUGAUCCUACUUUGGAGUUUACCAUCUAUAGUGACGCUUCGAAGAUGGGUUUGGGAUGUGUCCUUAUGCAGCAGGGGAGGGUCGUAGCCUAUGCGUCGAGGCAGCUGAAGCCUCACGAGCAGAACUACCCCACGCAUGAUCUUGAGGUAGCUGCAGUCGUUCAUGCCUUGAAGAUUUGGCGGCACUACCUCUAUGGAGGCAGGUGUGAGAUAUUUACCGACCACAAGAGCUUAAAGUACAUUUUCACUCAGAGGGAGCUGAAUAUGCGACAGCGUAGGUGGUUGGAACUGGUCAAGGACUACGAUUGCACGAUUAGCUACCAUCCGAGGAAAGCUAAUGUGGUAGCCGAUGCCCUUAGUCGGAGGAGUUAUGGCAAGUUAUCUUGUCUUUUUACCGAGCAAGAUGUCCUUCUUCGGGAGUUCGAGCGACUACAGCUAGAGGUAGUGGAGCCGCCUUCGACAGCCAGGGGUAUGUUGACCUCUUUGGUUGUGGGACCGACUCUUCGUGAGAGGAUUGUCGCCGAGGAACCGAAUGAUCGUUUCCUUUGCCGGAUGAAGGAGAUAUCGGAAGCCGGUAGAGUUAGAGGAUUCGCAGUCGCAUCUGAUGGGGCCUUGGUCUUCGAGGGUAGACUUUGUGUUUCGAAGGUGUGGGAAUUGCGAAGGGAGAUUUUGAGAGAGGCCCAUAGUGCCCCGUACACCGUCCAUCCUGGUAGUUCGAAAAUGUAUCAGGAUCUGAGGAAGUCUUUCUGGUGGCGAGGUAUGAAAUGGCAAGUGGUAAGGUUCGUGAAUGUGUGUCUGGUAUGUCAGCAAGUGAAGGCUGAGCAUCAAAAACCGAGAGGGAAGUUGCAGCCACUUGAGAUUCCCUUGUGGAAGUGGGAGUGCAUCACCAUGGAUUUCUUAGUGGGAUUGCCGAGGUCGAGGACCGGGCAUGACUCUAUUUGGGUGAUUGUGGAUCGCCUUACGAAGUCUGCCCACUUUCUGCCAGUCCGGACGACUAUGAAGGCUAGUCAGUAUGCCGAGUUGUUC